GGAUACAUGAUGGUUUAAUCCCUCUUAAGAAUAGGUAACCACUAAUUUGGCCCUGUUACUCAGCAUCUCGCCAUGGAGGAGUUCCUGAUACCGACAGAAACCAAGCCUGCCGUCUUCUCUCCAGCAGGACCUCCUAAAAGCCCACCGGAGCGACUGAAUGGCUUCAUUAAGAGCACAUUCACGGUCAGUGUCAGAGAGUAUGUGAGGGAGUACAUCAAGAGAAAUGGGUUACUGACGCUCUCUGUAAUGGCUGUGAUCACGGGAUGUGUCCUGGGCUUCAUGCUGAGGGGUCUAACCCUCUCCACACAGGCAAAAAUCUAUUUCUCCUUUCCUGGUGAGCUGCUCAUGCGGAUGCUUAAAAUGCUGAUUCUCCCCCUAAUCACCUCCAGGUAUCACUUUGUUAUUUAUAAACAAAUCUAUUUUUUCUGUCUAAAGAAUAAAUGAGUAUGUUCUCUGAUCAGCUGUUAUGUCUGUAGUUUAAUGUCUGGAUUGUCGUCUAUGGAGUCGAAGGCCUGCUGCAGGAUAGGGGUGCUGACGGUCACCUACUAUCUUUGGACCACGUUCAUAGCUGUAGUGGUUGGAAUUCUUCUGGUUCUGAUCAUUAAACCAGGCUAUGGCACAGACAUGGAGAGAAACAGGCUGGCGGGUGGACAGGUCAUAACAUCUGCAGAUGCACUGCUGGAUCUAGUCAGGAAUAUGAUUCCCUCCAACCUGGUUGAAGCCACUUUUCAGCAAUACCAGACAGACCUUAUUCCCAUAAUAAAAACGCCAGUUGACACGGGACGGCCUAAUUUUGUCUACAUGAUGCCUGAUGAUGACAAUCCGAAAGGUCGAAUGGUGCUGUUGGAGCUCACACCACCUCCAGACAUCGAGUACAAGACCCGUCCAGGCAGAAGUCAGCAGAUGAACGUGCUCGGCAUUGUUAUUUUCUCAGCCACCAUGGGUCUAUUACUGGGUAAAAUGGGGGACCGUGGAGCUCCGCUGGUGAACGUUUGUCAGUGCAUCAAUGAGUGUGUGAUGAAGAUCAUUAAUGCGGCUGUGUGGUAUUUUCCUUUCGGGAUCAUUUUUCUUGUGGCUGGGAAAAUUCUGGAUAUGAAAGAUCCCAGCAUACUUGGGAAGAAGCUGGGCUGGUACGGGGUGACGGUCCUCACAGGGCUGUUUGUGCAUGGCCUCAUCUUGCUUCCAUUCUUUUACUUCCUUUUGACACGGAAAAACCCUUUUACAUACAUCAGAGGACUUCUGCAGGCCAUGGUUAUUGCCCUAGCCACAUCAUCCAGUUCAGCGACUCUGCCCAUUACAAUGAAAUGUUUGUUGGAGAACUGCCAGGUGGACCGGCAGAUCGCCCGCUUUGUGCUGCCUGUUGGAGCGACCAUUAACAUGGAUGGAACAGCCCUUUAUGAAGCAGUGGCUGCUAUUUUCAUUGCUCAGGUCAAUGAGUACGAGCUGGAUUUUGGACAGCUGGUCACCAUCAGUAUAACAGCAACUGCUGCCAGCAUAGGCGCUGCCGGAAUCCCACAGGCAGGCCUCGUAACCAUGGUGAUAGUGUUGACAUCCGUAGGGCUGCCACCAGAUGACAUCACACUGAUUGUGGCCAUUGAUUGGAUUCUAGAUCGGUUUCGAACUAUGAUCAAUGUACUCGGAGAUGCUCUGGCAGCUGGAAUCAUCGGCCACAUGUGUCAGAAAGACUUUCCUCCUGACAGAGCAGCAAAAGCGAAUGGAGCGUCACAGGACAGCCAGGCAGCUAAUAACAUGGAGAAUGUGCCUUUAACUGAAGUACCACUGCUGGCCGCUAGUAAAGACUUCAUAUUUGAAGUGGUUGGGGACACCGUUUUUGAAAGGCCCACGGUAUAUUACAACAUAUGUCAGGUCUAAGUCUACGCAUUGAGCCUUAAAGAUAUCAGAUACACUAUUUGUGCCAUGAAAAAUACUGAGUGAACUGUAUUUUAUAAUAAUUAAUAUUGGCUGCUUUUUACAGCUGAAUUUUGAGCAGCGUUUCCCUAUUCAAUGGGUCUGUUUUUUUUUUUUAGCUGUUUGUUGCUGUUGGUA